UAGAAACAUGGCUUCCAGCUGGUCGGUCGCAAGUGAAGAGCUCUCCUGUCCCGUCUGCCAGGACACUUUUAAAGACCCUGUCCUUCUUCCUUGCAGCCACAGCUUCUGUCACGGCUGUGUGCAGAAAUGGUGGCGAACGAAGCGAGCCCGUCAUUGUCCCGUUUGCAAGACUCUGUCGUCUACUAAAAAACCACCUCGCAACCUGGUGUUGAAGAACCUGUGCGAGGCUUUUCUCCUGGAGAUGGAGUCCGGCACCGUCUGCCGCCUGCACACCGAGAAACUGAAGCUCUUCUGCGUGGACCACAGGACACCUGUGUGCGUCGUCUGUAGAGACUCUGAACUCCACAGGAACCACAGGUUUACACCCGUGGACGAAGCGGCACCGCUUUACAGAAACGGUCUCCAGAGAUGUCUGGAUCCCUUGCGGGCGAAAGUGAAACUCUUCAGUGAAGUGAAAGUAAACUGCGAGACAGCCGAUGAAGAAAUUAGAAAACAAGCUCGGGACACAGAGACGAAGAUUAGAGCGGAGUUCAAGGUGCUUCAGGAGUUUUUGCUGAAGGAGGAAGAGACCAGGGUUGCAGAACUGAAGAAAGAAGAGGAGCAUAAAAGAGGGGUGAUGAAGGACAAGAUUGCACUUUUAACUAGAGAGAUAGAGGCCAUGGAAAGUACCAUUAAAACCAUAGAGGACGGACUGAAAGAUGACGACACGUCUUUCCUAUUAAAAGCCAGUGCGUUAACGGAAGAAGCUCAGCGCCCCCUGCUGGAUGAACCAACACAGGCCGCGGGAGCCCUCAUCGACGUUGCCAAAUACCUGGGGAAUAUAAGUUUCAAGGUGUGGUGCAAAAUGAAGGAUAAAGUGACAUACACCCCUGUGAUCCUGAACCCCAACACCGCCCACAGAGAACUCCACCUCUCUGAAGAUUUGACCAGUGUAAGAUGUGGACCGAAGCAGCCUCUUGCGACGAUCCCAGAGAGGAUGGAGGAGCACCACUGCAUCCUGGGCUCCGAGGGCCUCCGCUCAGGGAGUCACAGCUGGGAUGUGGAGGUUGGAAACAAUCAAGUGUGGGGCCUGGGUGUGAUAGCACAGGAUUCCCACAGGAGUGGGGACAUAAUGUCAGGGCUAUGGAUGGUGAGGUUUUGUUAUGGUAAAUUCACAGCAUUCUGCCCGUCAAGUCCCGUGUCCGUCCUCUCACUGAAGAGCAGGCUCCAGAGGGUCCGAGUACACCUGGACAGGAACAAAGGAGAGCUGUCCUUCUGGGAUCCAGAUACUAACGCGGUCAUACAUACCUUCACGCACACCUUCACCGACACCCUGUUUCCAUACAUCAACACCUGGAAUGACGUCCCGCUGAAGAUAUUACCAGUGAAAAUCUCUUUUACCGAUAACUGAGAAUGAUUCAGUGAAGGAAAAAAGAAUCGCAUCACUCCAAUUUAUUUUUCUUAUUUUUAUCAAGUCGGAGAGCUUGUUUUUAUUUUGGUUGGGUCAUCAAUGCUACAACAAAAGUAAUUGGAUACUUUGGAGUGAAAGAAAACAAAUGAUGAUCACAAACACUGUAUAUGCAACAGAACACAAAAGAAAGAAGUUAAAUUUCCUCUAAGGGAAUAAAGGUUAUUGUAUGUUUGGAGACAUGUGCAAUGUAAUAUGCUUAAAACUUCCAAACGGUAGUAGGGAGUUUGAACAUAGUGAAACACUUCGUCACUGUUUCUAUGUGUGGUUUUCUUCUGUCUCCCCGGUACCUGUUGGUACCUCAGUCACAUGUUUUUGUGUUGAAGAAUGCUGUGCAGAUAACAUUUUGGAAUAGUUGAAGGUAUCUUUUCUUUUUCUUCUUGCAUUUCUCUUCCACAUUUGUCUCUCGGUUGUCAACAUGUUUUUGGUUUAAGAGACAGUGACAGUUACAUGCUAAGCAUGUUAUAUGCUUCAUGUUAGCAUUUCAAACCUUUGCACUUUAUUGAGCAUGGUGGCCUUGAUAAAACUACUUCUACUUUUAUUAGUAUACAUUUGAAUAGUUCCACUUGUAUAAUUGUGUAUAAUUGUGAAAGAAAACAUUAUUAUAUAAAAUAAAACACUGAAAACACUUCA